GGGGAACUACUCUAUCAAAUUUUAAUGUGUGAAGUGAAGUCGGUUUGUUUUGCUUUCAUCUGGUAACUUUCGUAACCUGGUUGGUUGAUGAUGGACUGACUGGCCACUACACGUUUAGAUGAGUCGGAAUUUCGUUAAGUGUUGCAUUAGUACUCAGCGGAGCCCAGAGCACGUGGCGGCCUUUAGGGGGCUUCAGCAUUGUCAUGUUCCACAGCCUGGGAGAGGGAGACAGUCCAUAAGAUCAUAUUCCCAGUCAAGCUCUGAAUAUUCUGAUUCAAGAAGAUCUCACCACAGAACACAGUCAGCAAGAAAUAUCAUUUGCCUUGCUGGUUAUGCUGUGAAACGUUUUGUUCACAAGAUGGCCGGAGCAUCACCAACAUUAGAAACUCUGAACUUUGAUAACCUGGCUCUGAAAUCAUUGCCAGUGGAUCCCAAUGUUGAGAAAACACAAAGACAGGUGCCAGGGGCAUGCUUCUCCCAAGUCAGUCCAACACCUGUGAAGAGACCAGUGUUGAUCUGCAAGGCGCUUCCUGCCCUUGCACUUAUCGAUAUUUCCGAGGAAGAGUCGCAGCGGCCAGAAUUUGUCGAGUAUUUCAGUGGAAACAAAAUCCUGCCAGGUUCGGAGACUGCUGCACACUGUUAUUGUGGUCAUCAGUUUGGCUACUUCUCUGGCCAGCUUGGAGAUGGAGCUGCAAUGUAUCUGGGAGAGAUUGUGAACAGUGCUGGGAAGAGAUGGGAAAUACAACUGAAAGGUGCAGGACUCACUCCAUACUCACGCACAGCAGAUGGCCGGAAGGUUCUUCGGAGCACCAUAAGAGAGUUCUUGUGUAGUGAGGCUAUUUAUCACCUUGGUAUACCCACCACCCGUGCUGGCUCUUGUAUCACUUCUGACUCGACAGUCGUCAGGGAUAUUUUCUACAACGGAAACCCCAAAGACGAGAGAUGCACACUUGUGCUUCGGAUCGCGCCCACAUUUUUACGGUUCGGCUCCUUUGAGAUUUUCAAGCCAAUGGAUUCCGAGACUGGCCGCCAGGGCCCCAGUGUUGGCAGGAAAGACAUACUGACCACCAUGUUAGAUUAUACAGUGAAGAAUUUUUAUCCCGAGAUUUGGGCCAGUCACUCGAGCAAUAAGCCUGUCAUGUACGUGGAGUUUUACAAGGAAGUUGUGAGGAGAACGGCCCGGCUUGUGGCGGACUGGCAGUGUGUGGGCUGGUGUCAUGGAGUUUUAAAUACGGACAACAUGAGCAUUGUUGGAGUGACCAUUGACUACGGACCCUAUGGCUUCAUGGACAGAUACGAUCCAGAUUUUAUAUGCAACGGCUCCGAUGAUGGCGGCCGGUACUCUUACCAGAAGCAGCCAGAGAUGUGCCGGUGGAACUGUGUGAAACUGGCGGAAGCCAUCAAAGACGCCGUCCCCUUGUCUGAAACAAAACCUCAUAUUGAUCUGUUUGAUGAAGAGUUUGGUGCUCAGUACAAGAAGAAGAUGAGAUCGAAGCUCGGGCUACAAAAGGAGAUUUCAGAAGAUGGCAACUUGGUGAAAGGAUUCCUGGACACAUUACAAGAAACAGGAGCUGAUUUCACAAACUGUUUCCGUUGUCUGAGUAACCUCCCCCUGCCAAGUUGUCCUACGUUCAACGAGGAGAGAUCAAAAGUGCUAGACUACCUGAUUUCCCAGAGCUCUUCUUUAGACGAGUUGAAACUUGCCAACAAACCUCGUAUGGACAAAAGGCAGUUGUCCAUGUUCAUGAUGCUGGCACAGACAAACCCAGAUUUACUGUCUGCCCUUGGUCGCAGCGCACAGCUUCUCAGCUCUGAGAUGGAGCGGAUGGGCAGGCUGCAGGAGCUACAGGACACCACUGCUGCUGAGGUAGAGGAGAACAACCGCAGUAAGUGGAAUGAGUGGUUGGACAAAUACUCGGAGCGACUAAAAAAGGAAGAAGAAGGGGUGGAGGACAGAGAGACGUUAGGAAAAGACAGAGUCAACGUUAUGAAUUCCACAAAUCCUAGAUUUAUCUUGAGAAACUACAUUGCUCAAAAUGCCAUUGCCGAGGCUGAGAAGGGAAACUACUCUGAGGUUCAGCGAGUGCUGAAGCUGCUUCAGUCCCCUUACUCUCAGGAAGUGGACUUUGAGCUCUCCGAGUCUUCAAAAGCCACACAAGAUAAAGAUACAAGUGAAACAGAGUCGAGUUCUGGAGCAUCAGCCUGCCAUGUGGGACUGUUGGACUAUGCGGGGAAACCACCGUCCUGGGCCUCGGAGCUUCGGGUUACAUGAUCCUCAUAAACCCAGACUUUAUUACCUUUAUAAGGGACAAGGAAGGAGAGAGGAGGGGGAGAUUGGGAUAUUGUUUUAUCAUUGUCAGGGUCGAGAUUCAAGCACUUUGUGUUUUGCUGAGAUGCGACAGUUUUUUUUUUCUUUGUUUUUUUUUUUACUUAAGUUGCCCAUCAAUAGAAUAUGAUAAUGAAGUUGACUGAAUGAGAGCUAGAUUAUCAUUGAUGUGAAUAUCAAAUGAAGCAAUUACAUUCGGUUUUUGAUCAAGUUGCUGAAUAUGCCAGGUUUUUACUUAAAAGUGCAAAUGAGGUAUUUACUCGUGUUUCGGUUCUAUGAUUGAAAGUGUCAAGCAGCAGCCAUACUGCUUUUGUGCACUUUCUUUUUUUUUUUUAGUUGGCAUCCCAUGACACCCCUUCCUGUA